AUGAAGUCCUCUGCCGUCAUCCUCGCUCUCCUCUCCGUCGCAACUGCCAGUUUCUUCGCACCCAGAGCAGACACCACCUCCUCUGUCGAUCCUACAACGACCACCUACUCCAUAUCACCGACCGCCUCCUGUCUCGCUGCCUGCAAACCUGGCGAUGUCAACUGCCAAGCAGCUUGUGUUGGAUCCGCACAUCCAAACUCGGUGCAAGUGAACCAGACCAAUGUCUGCGCAGAUAAUUGCCCCAAAGGAGACGGUUCCACCUCUGCCAACAAUGCAUAUGAGGCUUGCCUGGACUCUUGUAUCCAAUCCUAUUAUCCAACAAGCCAAACUGCGGCGCCUGUCAGUGUGGGCAGUGGAAGUGUGACGAGUGUUUCUGCUGGGGCAACUGGAACGGCGGGCCAAGCUACUGGAUCUGGAUCUGCGACUACAAGCACAAGUGCUUCAGGUACUGGAUCUGUGGCUGCGACAUCGAGCUCGAAAGCUGCCGGUGCCAACAACCUUCCCUACAUCGCUUCUGCUGGUGGAUUUGGAGGUCUUCUCUUGGCUUUCUUGGCUUUGUGA